AUGGGGGUGUUCUUUAUGCCGAAACAACAAAAACGAAUCAAGGGUGAAUUCGUCCAUAACCAAAUUCCUUGUGGUAAGUUGCAUAACUCCUACUUGUUUCGGAAGAGCAAGGUGGGAUGGUUCCUUCGCAAGCCCAACUGGCAGAAUAUCCAGCUGCAGCCGUUCGAGAAGAAUAUCUACGAGGAACACCCUGCCACGGCGAGCCGGUCUAUGACAGAAGUGGAAGCCUACAGAAACUCCAACGGCGUAAGGGUGAAAGGUGGCGAUGUGCCGAAACCCAUCCUUGCCUUUGAAGAGUCCAGCUUUCCGGACUUCGUCGUCAGGGGAAUCGAUGCCCUACGCAACUGCACGUCUCCGACGUCCAUCGAGGCCAACUGCUGGCCCGUUGCACUCUCGUGCCGGAACUUUCUCGGCAUAGUGGAGGUCGGAUUGCACAAGAAGCUCGCCUACGUCCUUCCGGCCGUCAUUCAGGUCAGGCAGCAGCCGGCCCGACAGAGGCUCGAAGGACUCAUUGCCGUUCUUCUCGCCCCGACGCAUGAGCUGGCCAAGCGGAUUCACGUGGUAGCCUCAGAACUCGGCGAGCAUGCCGCGACGCGCAGUGUAUGCGCAAUGAACGGUGAACGGAAGAAAGUCAAGUACGCUGAGCACCGGGGAGGCUGCGACAUCCUCAUGGCCAUGCCUCGAUGCCUCAUCGAGUUCUUCGAAGAAGGCGUGGUGAACCUCCACCGGUGCACGUACCUUGUUUUCGAUGAAGUAGACCGCAUGCUCUUAUAG